AUGGCGGCCGACGAAGAUGCUAUUUGGAGAGAAUUCUUUGAUGAUAGCGAUUCAGAUGAAGAUUUGUUUGAAGGUUUUAUGGCGAGUGAUAUCGAUGGAGAAAUGGAUAGUGAAGAUGUUUCGGAAUCUGAUGUUGACGUUCCGACACCAGGUGUUUCAUUAUCGGAUUCGUUUGAGGAUUCUUGGCUUCACCGAUUCGACAAACGGACCAGCGUUUUGCUCGAUACAGAUGGAACAGAAACUGUGUUUGAAAUAUUUUGUAAGUUUCUUGACGAAGAUUUUAUUUCGAUGCUAACAAUUCAAACGAACUUGUACACAGAACAGUAUUUUGAAAAGCACCCCAAAGAUACAUUACCGCCUUGUUCUACAACAUGUGGAUGGGUACCUGUAGUGAACACUGAAAUGAAAUCAUUUUUGGGCAUUUUGUUGUUCAUGGGAGCUGUCAAGUUGCCCAAUUAUGCAUCCUAUUGGUCAACAAAUGCAUUGACCCAAAUGAAAGGAUUUCGAGAGAUCAUGAGCCGUGAUCGCUGGCAAAUAAUAUGGAUGUUUUUCCAUGUGUGUGAUAACACAACAAACCUUCCAAGAGACCAUCCAAACCAUGGCCCAACUUUCAAAAUCCGCCCUGUUGUUGAUAAACUGAUUGAAAGAUUUCGCGACAUUUAUUACCCCGAGAAAGAACUUUCUGUGGAUGAAAGCCUUAUUGCAUUCAAGGGCCGUAUGAAAUCUAUGGGUCAGUAUAUGCCACAGAAGCCACAUAAAUGGGGACUGAAAGCAUGGGUACUGUGUGAAUCCUCGACAGGAUAUUGCUACAACUGGUUUAUGUAUGUUGGACGAAAACAAAACACAGAGGUGGGACUAACUAAUUCAGUUGUCAAGGAUGCAGGACAUCAUGUAUACAUGGACAAUUUUUUUUCUUCGCCACACUUGUUCAAAGAUUUAUCAGAAUGCAGUGUUGGAGCUUGCGGCACUCUACGGGCAAACCGACGCGGAACUCCGCCUCAAAUACAGAGAGCUAAGUUGAAAAAAGGAGACGACCCAAUGUUUGUUCGGGACGACAAGUGUUUAUUCAUUGCCUGGAUGGACAAGAAGCAGGUAAAUGUGCUGUCUACCAUCAACAACACCCGUAUGAUGAUCAAGUACAUUCGAUGCAGGGACCCAGCCAAUAACAACAGGAGAGAGAUCAACAAACCAAAAGCUAUCGAGUGUUACAACCAGUUUAUGGGUGGAGUGGAUUUAUUGGAUCAAAAGAUUUGGACUAUCUUGGUGUGCACAGAACAGUAA